UUAUUUUUAUAAUAAAGUAGGAAUCUACUGUUUCAUUAAAGUCUGCAUCGCCAUCUACGGCAGAACGCCCAAGCUCAUAGCUAGAUGGCGAUCGAAAUAUGAUAGAGAGUCUAACAUAGACCUAAUCUAGAAUCAGGACUGUUUUGUGAACAAAGAGCCAAGAACGUUAGAGCAAAGAGCAACAUAUGUUACUAUUACUCUGUGUUUCAGAAACGAGGAUUUUUUUUGCGAAAUAUAUCGGAGGAAAUAAAACGUUAGCGAAAGAAUGAAUAUCCUUAAACCGGAAUUAAUUUGGGUGGAUGACCGAUGUUACAGAUGUUUAAGGAACAAGGAGUGUGACAAGCACGAUAUUGAUCCUUAUAUCGAAUAUGAUUACGACCUAAACCUUGACCUUGAUAAAGAUUGCCAGGAAGAAUAUGAUAACAUUGUAGAAAUUGAACCGCACGAAGAGACAAGAUUUAAACAUACCUUUCACGUAGCAAAACAAUUCUUUCCAUUUAUCAUUGGAUGUAAGAACGCGGUCCGCAAAAAAUUGGAAACCGAAACUAGAACAGUUAUACAAAUUCCAAGAAUUGGCCAGGACGGGGGCAUUGUCAUAAUUGGAUCUAAUUGUAAAGGGAUAAUAAAGGCACGUCACAGAAUAAAUUUGUUGAUAGAAUCGGCUAGGAGUCGUCUAGGUUUCACUCAUUUCCUGUCCAUACCUCUGAACGAAGGUCAAAUAAUAAUGAAAUUCAAUAUGUUUAAAAACGAUAUUAUGAAUAUGGAAAAAGUACCCAGGGGUGUGGAUGAAAUGGUUUUUCAAAAGCCAAGCAAAUUGCACCUUACAAUUGGAAUGAUCACACUACCCGAUGACGUCAAAAGAGACAAAGCUAUUGAAGCUCUGAAUUACUGCGAAGAUCAUAUCAUAAAACCUAAGAUUAAACAGCAUGGACAGAUUCGUAUAUAUAUGCAAGGAACUGACAUAAUGAACGAUGAUCCCACAGAAGUGAACAUUCUGUUCGCAAAAAUAAUUGAUAAAGACAAUGCUUUGCAAGAAAUAGUGGACGAAAUUAGAAAUCAUUAUUUUAGUAUAGGUUUAUUAAGGAAAGAAAAUGAGAAAGCUAAACUCCAUGUAACCCUCAUGAACUCAGCAUUUAGAAUAGACAAGGAAGCUGGUUACGUACGAAGACAACAAUUCGAUGCACAAGAAAUAUUGAAAGUUCAUGAAAAUACGUUCUUUGGAGAAACCACAUUAAAGCAGAUUCAUAUAUCGCAGCUUCACACGAUUGGAAAUAAUGGAUAUUAUCAAGCGACUGCGAAAAUUGAUUUCUUAGAAGAUUUGUGAACGGUAUUUGGCGGAACCAGAGUUAAACACUGCCGUUCAUCAAUUGAACACAGAGUUGUGGUACUACCCUGGUUGAACAAUUUCAUCUAUCGAUGUGGAUGCUAUAGCAUUCAUAGUAUACAACUAUUAAAAUGUGAUAUUCUGAGCACUUGGACAAAAUGUGAUUAAUCAAAAUUUGGAUAUCACAAUUAAAAAUGAAUCAUCUGUACAUUUUUGCAGCCCGUAACAAUUUUUAUUGCCCGCGAACGUGUUAAGUGUACAUGAUAGUUCCCAAAUAGGUCCCAACGACAUGCAAAGUCGUUUAGAAAAAGCUGGCAUCGUUAUCGUGAUAGAGAUUAAUGUUCUAACGAAGCUCGAUUACAAGAUGGUUGCUUUAUUCGGAACUUUCAGUGUUUUCGGUAAUAAUAUUUAGUUGUCUGUUUAUUUAUUUACGAAAGACCCUUUCGACGCGACAGAAUAUCAGAAAAAAUAAUUGCUGAGCGACGAGAAAUUUUUAUUACAAAAUCGUUAACGAUAUUUUAGACGCUUCGAGCUGGCCCACGAUUUGCGUCGCGGUUGAAAUUUAUUAUUUUUUCAUAUCAAAGCUGUCGAAACGAGGGUGAUAUUCUCGAUCUUUUCCAUUAUGUGCGAGCGUCGGAUUAGGUCUGCAAUAUGCAGUCCUAGUUUUACCUAUGUUUCUGUUAUAUUAGUAUGUUUUUCCAUAAACCAUUAUAAAUGAUUUAAUAUUAUUUCCCAUAAUAUCAAACUUUUUUUUUUGUACUCAGUUUUCAAAAUUAAUAAGGGCUAUAAAAGUAAAGUUCCGUUAGUAUUUAAGAUUCAGCGUUCUAUGUCCUUUAUACAGGCUGUUCGGCCAUCCCUGGGAAAAAAUUUUAAUGGGAGAUUCUAGG